AAGAGUUUCGCAUUUUGCGGAGAUUUCUUGUAUGAAUUUCAACGAGUGACUGUGCGCGUAUUGUGAAAACGGUGGAAAAUCCAAUAUUGUGAAAUUCCUAGCGUGGGACGCCUAGGAAAACAAUCCUGCAGGAACCAACAAUUCUCGCCACCCUCGCUAAGCCGCAUUUGUGAUGAAGAUUCACGCCAAAAAUGCACUGAAGAUGGAAAAUUUACUGCUAAUUGUUGGUGAAAAAACUGAACUGCUGGAGGAAUAUUGUUUCACUUCGGAAGGAAGUAGGGCCAACACGUCCUGACGGGAUUAGGCCACGAAGGAAGGAUAUCUUCAGAUUACACAACAUCGCAAGCGAGUGAGGCAUCACGGUAAACGGCCUCCGAAAGUGAUUCUAUUUUGGUUGGCUGAGGAAUAUAUAAGGAGAAUGCUAACGGGCAGCAAUAUCGGAUUCCAAUAAUUUGUUGCUGUCGAGAAAAAGCAGCCAUUAACUAAGAGAGUUAAAAAAACGAACCGAAUUCAAGGUGUCAUUGCAGCGUACUAUUUUAUUUUUGCUCGAUUGUUUUUGGUUUUUAUAAAAUUAGUGUUGGAAACGGAAAGAUUUGUUUGAUUGGUUUUUAAUCUGGCGAGAGUAACAAAGCAAACGCAAUGGAAUAUUCUAGUAACGACGUAAAGCAGCUGUUCAGAUCUGUCUACGCCCUGGUCAAGCAACAGGAUGACCGUAAGGGUACGCUCACCGUGCCGGCGAUGCUGGCGAAUGACUUCAUCGAGGAGCAUCGGCAGUUGGUAGGCCGCUGCGUUACGUUGAUAUUCGAGGACUACGAGACGGUGGGCAAGAAGGCCCGUGAAAUCCUGUGGCGCAAGGGCUAUUACGAUCUGAUUGCCGUCUUCAAAAAGCACCACCAACAGCUGCAGCAACAGCGGAAGAGCACCGAAGGCGAGAGUGUCGAACUGGUCAGAAAGGAGCAACAGUUGAAGCAAGGUGCGGAAAGAUUGCUGCUGGAUGGAAUAAAUCAUUUGAAAGUGAUUGUGCUACGGAUGGCGCAGAUUUUCAACAUGGACAAUCUGAAGAAUUUAGUUAGCUACGGACUGUUGGAGAACUAUGAUGAUGAACUGCUGGUGCGAGAAUCGGGAUGCUACGAAAACUUGAAACUGGAAGUGGAGAGGAGCGUUGAAGAUAAAAAGGUGAUCUACACUAAGCAGGAGGUAUCGUUUGCGCUGGAAUCAAUCCAUUCCUUGUUGACCGCGUUGGGCGAUCUGCAUAGAUACUACUGUGAGUUUGGACUAGACGGGUUAGUAGUGAAGGAAAAUAUAAAGGAUCUAACAGCGAAAUACUACUGGGAAGCUUUCAAACUAAACACGAAGAUCGGCAUCACCCAAAAUCAGUUGGGAACGUUGUUCAACGGACGAAACUACAAUUUGGAUUCGGUGUACCAUUAUCUGUAUUCGCUGUGCUGUCCAGUUCCAUUCGACUGCAGUGAACUAAACGUGAGCAGAAUUUUCCAGAAAAACAUUCGAUAUCUUGAGAAUAACGGAGGAGAAGCUGUAGAAGAAGAGGAUUACGCAAUCCGAGAGUUUGUGGCCAAGUUCUUGCUAGUAGUUGAUGUAUUUUUCUACGACAAGAGUGUUACAGACUUCACCAGUUUGUGUCACUCGGUGUUGAUCGACUUCAAGAAUGUGCUGGGAGCUCGCCGUUUGGUUGAUGACGAGUAUUACAUAACGGAUGAUUUCAUCUUUAAGAUAGUUUCGAUCUUGUUCUUCUGUAUGUAUAAAGUACAAAUCAACAAUUCGGACAAGAUUUACAGCCUGAAUGCGUUCAUGGUGGCAUUGUGCUCGGAACUUUUGGAGUACUGUACCAUGGCGGUGGAAAAGUACAUGGUAGAGAACGUACGAGACGACAAAAAGUUCCGUGAACUGUACAUGUCAAUGUACCAAAAAUACGACGAACAAGUUCGCAAGUCCCGUCAAUCGUUGAAAGAGACUGCGUCCACAUUUGUCAAGGACCAAAAAUCCUCAUCCGGCGUUGAAGAAGGCAAUGGAAGCGAGGACCAUUCUAACAAAGAAAACGAGGAAAUUGACAACAAGAGCCAGACGAGCUCUAAACGGGCUGCAAACCGGAAGAAACAUGCCCGUCGUCGUCGUCGGGUCUUGUCGAACGAAUCGGAAUCGGAACUGUCCGAUGGGGAAGAUGACAGCGACUUCCAACUGGAUUCAGAUUCCGAAGAAGAUAACGCUAGUUCCAUUUCAAGUUUUGACUCUUACGAUGACUUCACCGAUGACGAAGAAGACGGACAAUCAUUCGCAAAGUCCAAUAAGAACAAGCUUGAAGAAUCCAAUUCCGUGGAAGCCGAGAACCACCACAGCGCCGAUCAAGAAAGCAACAAUAACAAUUUCGACGAUCUACAAACGCAGCUCAAGUUCAAGAAGCGCUAUCACAAAUUGAACCCGAAUAUUAUCAUCGGUUUCGCCGAACAAGAACGCACAAUCCGUUCGUUGAUGCUACUGUUCGAUUGGCUUCACGCCAACAUCGACAUUCUGAUCGGAUGCUACCAUUCCAAUCCGGAAUUCAUACAUAAUAUUAUGAAACUACUGAACCACUUCAACAUAGACAUUUUCUCCAACCGUUACUAUUUCCCACGUCAGUUGAUCACGGUCAAGGGCGUGCGGGAAGAUUUCCGUUCACUGUUCGAAAUUCGUCGAACAAUCCCACUGGAUGAGGACAUGUGCAUGAAACGGUUCCCACUGUUUGAGGAUACCCAGGAAACCCUCGACUGGGAGACUAACUAUCGCCUGGAAGUGACCCCGGCGGAGUUGAGUUUCCUGCGUCUCAUGAAGAUGGUCGAUUUCGGUUUCUCGCUGUGUAAAUCCAAAAAGUUUGAAUAUUCAUUCUGUCCGAAAUCCCGUGACUUCAGUUUGAAGAGUAAGAAACAGCAAAAGCAACAACAACGCAAGAAGGAAGAUCAAAACAAACGUAUCGGAAGAGGAGAAUCCAACCGGCGCGUUCGCCGACAGGAGCAACAGCAAGAGAAGCGUCGCACGCGAAAGCAACACAACGAGCAGGAACAGCGUGGAGAGGUGAGGACACGACGCAACAGGGACCGUAAUCGCCAGCAAAGCGAACGUCGCAAAGCGGGAACCGGUUCCAGUAGGGAAGGCCCAAAAUCCAGCCAAGAAGGUGAUGGAAAAGUGGCUCCCAUCAUCAUUACCAAGAAGGGGUAUUUGAAGAAUAAGACCAACGGAUGCAGACUCUUGCAGAAGACCACAACAGAUUGCCAGCAAAAAAGGGGAGAAUCCACGCACUCGGAUAAUACGGGAGAUGAGGGGCAACCGGAGAAGAACAUCAACGAGUUGAUGGGCCAGUUGUGGUUGCGGAACGAGGUGAAGACUUUGGAAUCAAAGGUCAAGAGAGUGGUCAACAUUACACUAACUCCGUAUCUGAUGCUUGAUUCAAAGUGUUUGACCGAAUACACGUCGAUUGUCAAAAACCUUGUUAAGACGAAGAAAUUUGUCAUUUUGAUUCCCACGGCAGUUUUAUCGGAUCUGGACGAGUUGAAGAAACACAGCGACGGUGCACGCAAUGCCAUUAAGUGGCUCGAGUAUGAAUUCAGCAAAGGAAACCGCUUCCUUCGUACCCAGAAGAGCCACGAGAUGCUUCCGAUGCCAUUAUUCAAAAUUCCGAAAAAAAUGGACCGCGAAGCAGCCGUCUUCUGUCAGAUUGUUCAGUUCUGCAACCACAUCGUCUCGAACCAUGCCGACAAGGAACGCACGGACAUCAUCACCUACCUGUCCGGAGAGUCGUUGCAGGAUAAGAAACUGCACAGUUCCAGCUACAUUGGCAUUCUCGAAGCGAUCCCGGUCAAGUUCGAACAGAUUGUAACCUUCUACUCCAGCUACAAAAGGAAAUGAGCUCCCGGUUUGGUAAUCAUCCUAAAGAAUAGCGCGGAUUAAUACACACAAAGGAACACCGUUUCCGAAUCACCCUCGUCAGCCAUCACGGAAAGCGGUCGUCGAUGGAAGAGGGCAUGGAAUACUGUGGGAUUCGGUGGUUGCUUUCUAUAAGGUAGACAAAAGAUCAACAACAGAAGCGGUGGGAGCAGUUUUAUCUCGGAGAACAAUCUUCACUCAAACCACAAAAGCAGCAUAGUCCUUCCGUUUCACUCGUCCCUGGUUUCAGCGAAGUAGAAUCUUGUUGCAAUAGGAUCUGAUCUGGAAAAAUUAGAGAAAAGCAACACAUUUUCUACUAUCAUCGACGUUUCAAAGGGUAGGAAGGAAAAUCAUUUUGUUGGUUGAUGUCUCUGAAGCAGAAAAAAACUAGACCGGCUUUACAUCUAUGAUCGGAACGGCUAUCAUUUCAUUAAACAAUAAUAGCAAAACUAGAUUCCAUUGCCUUGUUGCUAGAAAGAAAAGCGGAAGAAAUUCAGUACGAAAUUCAGCAUAAACUAGGAUCAGUUUAAUUUUAAACAUGUCAUGAAUUAUUCGAGAAAAUCAAUCACAAUGUCUCAAUUUGCAGUUUUGGCUUGUCUUUCGUGUUGCUAUCCUUUGCCGGGUAGCUAAUAAUGUUUUAAAACAUCUAAUUUCACGCAAGCCGCAUGCUUUAGAGUUUAGAACAACAAAAUUCAUUGGAAGCUUUUCGUUCAUGCAUCAAGAGCAAUUCGAUUACAGUGACACAUCCGGUGUUCUGCAAGUGUAUACCUAUACAUUAAAUUUUCAUUUCUAUUCCUACUAUACUACAGCAGAUGACGGUGUAUGUCAAUACAGAGAAAUAAAUAAUCUUACUUUCGUUCAUGCUUUCCCUAGAA